AUGGCCAGCGGCGACGCCACCCUCUUUGAGGAAUCUUUCACAGUGACUGAGUAUGACCAGUCCAAAUAUGACCGCGUCGCCCGAAUCUCGUGCACAUCGAGCGAUUCCCAGACGGUCAUGACGCUUGACAUCAACAUCGAGCUUUUCCCCUGCGCUGUCUCUGACUCCCUGCACGUGGUUCUGUCGACAACGCUCUCUCUGGACGGAAGCAAGGAGGAAGAGAAGGGUUGGCGUGACGUGGGCAAGGGCGGUGAUGCGCCAGCGACGAUUGCCGAUCUAUACGACUAUGUAUGCCAUGGCAAGAUCUACAAGUUCGAAGAGACAUACGAUGGAAACACCAUCAACGCCUACGUCUCCUUCGGUGGUCUUCUCAUGUCUCUCCAGGGUCCUGUUAAGAAGCUGACCCCUCUACGCGUUGAUAACGUCUAUCUGCUUAUCAAGAAAUAA